ACGCGCUCUCGCUGGAAGCGGUCCAGAGGAAGGGAAAAUGGCGGACCUCGAAGACGUUACCCUGGACGGGAAGCCGCUCCAGUCCCUUCGCGUGGCCGACCUGAAAGCCGCCCUGGAGGAGAGAGGCCUGUCGAAAAGUGGCCACAAGAACGCCCUCGUCAAACGGCUUAAGGGGGCUCUCAUGCUGGAGAAUCUGCAGAAGACCUCCACUGCUCAGGUUGGACUGCAACCAAACUCUCAGAUUGGUGAGGAAAUGAGCCAAAAUAGCUUCAUCAAGCAGUAUCUAGCUAAACAGCAGGAGCUUUUGAGGCAGCGGCUCGAGAGAGAGGCUCGUGAAGCCUCUGAAACUAACGAGCAAGAGGACCACAUAGAAGUAAAUAACAGCACCCUAAGCCCUGCUCAAGCCCAGGAUGCAACCCAAGCCUCUGACCUUCAGAAGUCACCACGCCCUUCUGACGGAGACAGCCCUUUUGCCGCAGUAAAUGAGGGAGGAGCUAACAGCAACCAGGAAGCUCACAUGUCUCCUUCUCCUGCAUCUGGCUCAGUCCCCGGCGGUGACCACCAGCCAGACAAGAGGGCUGCGGCCAGCGACUUCUUGGCCGACAGUGACGAUGACGACAGUGAGGAUGGCGACGACGACGGUGACGACGAAGACUGGGACAGCAACAUCCGAAGGAGAACGCCGAGACAGCCGGCCAGAGGGCCCUCAACUCGGGAGAGGUGUGGAGCAUCUUGUCAGCCUCAGCAGCAGCACAUCCCCUCCCUUUUGUCUCCUCAACUCCGUCAGCCAACCCCUCCCCCGUCCCCACCUCCAGAGUUGUCAUUCCCCUUACCCGACACCCCCAAACAGAGCCCGCCGAGUCCGGAUGUAGCCCCAGCGAGGCGCUCGCCCAGCAGCUCCAGCUCUGGCUCCUCAAGCAGCGAUAGCCGCAGUAGCAGUCCAGAACCACACCGAGGUGGACACGUGGAGCGCAAACCUGGUCCGUUAACCCUUCUGGCACGUAAAAUGGAAUCGGAGGGCGCUUUCUCUGGAGCCAGUUGGCACGGUGGAAAUGGGGAAGGUGGCAGGAAGGACAGCAUUUCACCAUUGGCCACAUCAUUUUCUGGCACAGAGCACACUGGAGGUCUCACAUCUGCCAACACUCACACGGACUCUAUGCCUGGUUCUACGGAACCAGGCAUCCUCAACCAGAGCAUUGGCGGAGCCCAUUCAGCCCAAAGUCCUGUGAGUGGGCUCAAGGCUUCCGCAGUGAAAGAGCGGGAUUCUGAACUAGAGGCUCUUGAGUUGGAAAGAGCGAGGUUAAGAACACAAGAGGAAGAGCAAGCAAAAGAGGAAGAGCGAAAGAGAGCUCUUGAAAAAGAGGAAGAAGAAAAAGCUUUGCUGUUGGAGAAAAAACUUGCAUUGGAAAAGGAGAGGCAGGAGAGAGAAGAAGCUUUGGCCAAAGAGCAGGAAGAGGCCAGAGAGAGAGCUCUAGAGCUGGAGAGGCAAAGGGCCUUGGAGCGAGAACGUCUCCAGCAGAAGGAGAAGGAAAAGAAAGAGAGAGAAAUGGAGAAGGCAAGAGUCAAGGCCUUGGAACGGGAACGAGUGGAACGAGAAAAGGCUCUUGAGAAAGAAAGGUUAGAAAGAGAAAAAGCUUUGGAAGCGGAAAGGAAAGAAAAGGAGCGGCUUGAGAAAGAGAAACUAUUGGAGCAGGAACGGUUGGAAAGGGAGAGACUAGAGAAAGAGCGAAUAGAAAAGGAAAAAGCCUUGGAGAGAGAGAGACUCGAGAGGGAGGAAGCGUUAGAGAGAGAGAGACUCGAGAGGGAGAAAGCCCUCGAGCUUGAGCGGUUAGAGCAAGAGCGUCUAGAAAAAGAGAAAGCCUUAGAGCAAGAGCGACUAGAAAAAGAGAAAGCCUUAGAGCGAGAGCGACUAGAAAAAGAGAAAGCCUUAGAGCAAGAGCGACUAGAAAAAGAGAAAGCCUUAGAGCAAGAGCGACUAGAAAAAGAGAGGGAGAAAGCUUUAGAGCAAGAGCGACUAGAAAAAGAGAGGGCGAAAGCAUUAGAGCAAGAGCGACUAGAAAAAGAGAGGGCGAAAGCAUUAGAACAAGAGCGACUAGAAAAAGAGAGGGCGAAAGCAUUAGAACAAGAGCGACUAGAAAAAGAGAGGGCGAAAGCAUUAGAACAAGAGCGACUAGAAAAAGAGAGGGAGAAAGCCUUAGAGCAAGAGCGACUGGAGAGGGAGAAAGCCUUAGAGCAAGAGCGACUAGAAAAAGAGAGACAGAAAGCAUUAGAGCAAGAGCGACUAGAAAAAGAGAGGGAGAAAGCAUUAGAGCAAGAGCGAUUAGAAAAAGAGAGGGUGAAAGCAUUAGAGCAAGAGCGACUAGAGAGGGAGAAAGCUUUAGAGCAAGAGCGAUUAGAAAAAGAGCGACUAGAAAAAGAGAGGGAGAAAGCCUUAGAGCAAGAGCGACUUGAGAGGGAGAAAGCCUUAGAGCAAGAGCGACUAGAAAAAGAGAGGGAGAAAGCAUUAGAGCAAGAGCGACUAGAAAAAGAGAGGGCGAAAGCCUUAGAGCAAGAGCGACUAGAAAAAGAGAGGGAGAAAGCUUUAGAGCAAGAGCGACUAGAGAGGGAGAAAGCCUUAGAGCAAGAGCGACUAGAAAAAGAGAGGGAGAAAGCAUUAGAGCAAGAGCGACUAGAAAAAGAGAGGGAGAAAGCCUUAGAGCAAGAGCGACUAGAGAGGGAGAAAGCCUUAGAGCUAGAGCGACUAGAAAAAGAGAAAGCCUUAGAACUUGAGCGACUAGAAAAAGAAAAAGCCUUAGAGAAAGAGCGAUUAGAGAGGGAGAAAGCUUUAGAGCAAAAGCGACUAGAAAAAGAGAGGGCGAAAGCCUUAGAGCAAGAGCGACUAGAGAAAGAGAGGGAGAAAGCUUUAGAGCAAGAGCGACUAGAGAGGGAGAAAGCUUUACAGCAAAAGCGACUAGAAAAAGAGAGGGAGAAAGCUUUAGAAAAAGAGCGACUGGAAAAAGAGAAAGCCUUAGAGCUUGAACGACUAGAACGGGGGAGAGCCUUAGAGCAAGAGCGACUAGAGAGGGAGAGGACAUUAGAGCAGGAGAGACUAGAGAGGGAGAGAGUCUUAAAGCAAGAGCAACUAGAAAAAGAGAAAGCCUUAGAGCUUGAACGACUAGAACGGGAGAGAGCCUUAGAGCAAAAGCGACUAGAGAGGGAGAGGACAGAGCAGGAGAGACUAGAGAGGGAGAGAGUCUUAAAGCAAGAGCAACUAGAAAAAGAGGAAGCCUUAGCGCGCGAGAAAGCCUUAGAACAAGAACGACUAGAAAAAGAGAAAGCCUUAGAGUGUCAGCGACUGGAGAGGGAGAAAUCUUUAGAGCAGGAGCGACUAGAACAAGAAAGAAAAGAGCGAGUGAGAAUUCAGACGUUAGCGAGCGACAAAGCAGAAGAGCAGAGGAGGUUAGCGUUUGAGGCCGGGGGAAAUAAAAACUCAGGGCUAGAUUCUAGUCUUGAUAACGUGAGGACAGAGGAGGCCAUAACAGUGGGAAGGGUUUGUGAAGAGGAUAGUUUGAAGAAGAAAAUAACCAAAGAGUUAGACACUGAAGUCCCUCCAUCUAAAUGUGGCAGAGAGCUUGGUCUUACCCCUCCCACUGCUCCCCUUUCCACAGGACCAGGUCAAAAAACAGAGGCAGGGGACCAGGAAGAUGCCAAUGCUCCAAUGUCACCAACGUCACUGUCAUCUUCCAAGUCAUCGUUCAGGAAGUUCCGGUUCUCAAGGGACUCUCCAAUGCGACCCCCGUCUUCUACCCCUUCCGUGGUUCUCAAGCGUCCCCGUACCUUCUCUGAUACCCCCCCUGUCUCCUCCAGUCCUGGACAACAGAAGGAAGGACAUCAAACGUCUGCUGUACCGAAUGUUGGUGCCAAACCACUGCGUCCAGUAGGCAGCCAGUCUGAGGAAGUCCCUGAUGUAAACAAGAACAGUUCCAAAGAAAGUUUCUCAAGUCAGGUAUCAAAGGACAUUGCUAAGGACGCUUCCGUGAUGCAGGAGGAAUCAGCCACAGAGAAAGCAAAAGAUGCUGGUAAAAGGGACAAAGGUCCUUCAAAGCCAGCCGAUGCUACACAGUGGCAGGAAAGAGAUGGAAAGAGGGAGAACAAGAAAAACAGAAAACGUUCAUCCUCUGACUCCUCCUCUUCUGACUCGGAUUCUGGGUCGUCGUCAUCUCGGUCUUCUUCCUCAUCCUCCUCAUCUCCUGAGAAAUCAUCCAUUUCAAGAAGUAGAAGGGGGAAAAAACCUGAAGGAAGUGUGACUGCUGUGCCUCAAGAUGAUAGUAUAAAAGAAAUCUCAAAGCCCUCCCCUUACAAGACUAGCACAGCUGAUAAUGGAGCUAGUCAGGCCAAGAAACCAUUCCUUGAAUCGACACCCAGAGAAGAGAGGAAGAGGAACGCCAGCGAAGGAUUGGAGGAAAAAGACGAACAAAGGAAGGGGAUUGACUCUGCAAUGGCAGAUUCAGAAAAGGUUCCAGAGACCAGCGAGGAGACACCCAAAGCCUUCACAGCUCGGAAGAUCUCUAUUGGCAACAGCAAGACUUCUCCAGGUAGAGGCAGCACAGACACCGAUCCAGAGUCUGGGACUGGUCGCAAGAGAAGGUGGGGUUCCAGCACCGUGGUCACGGUGAAGAAACCUUCCAUUAGCAUCACCACGGACUCAUUGAAGUCUUUGAUCCCAGACAUCAAGCCAUGUACAGGCCUGGAUGCUGUGGUAGACCUGUAUCCUGAGGAGGUUGUCCUGUCUGGCGCCGAAGAAGAAGAUCCAGAGCGCUCGGAGCAGGACCUUCAGAUCAGACGCACUGUCACACAAGACAUUUCUUUGUCAAAACCGAAGGUGGUGCCAUCCGACAGCCAAGAAAAUGGACAAAGGGAGGCAAAGAGGAGCAGAUGUGAAGAGGUGGAGGUUAAUGACGUACAGGGAGACGCAACUCAUGAAGACAAAACCUCGGUUCCUGAAAUCAUGGGGAAUCAAUCACCACCCCAACCCAGCCAAGAUGUAGAACUCAGCGCUGUGACCACGGGCGAAACCCUGAUCCGGCGCUCUAUCAGCCAGCAGAAAACGGGUGUUUCCAUCACCAUUGACGACCCUGUACGCACAAACCGACAGCCUUCUCCUCCACGCGGCAAAGUUUCCAACAUCGUUCAUGUCAACAACCUGGUGAGGCCGUUCACGCUGGGCCAGCUGAAGGAACUGCUGGGCAGAACUGGCACGUUGUUGGAGCAGGGCUUCUGGAUCGACAAGAUCAAGUCCCACUGUUACGUCACUUACUCCAGCUCAGAGGAGGCGGUCGCCACGCGGGAAGCUCUUCACGGCGUCAAGUGGCCUCAGAGCAACCCGAAAGUUCUCAACGUCGACUUCUGCCAGCAGGAUGAGCUGGACUUCCACAAAGCCCUGGGCACGGCGGACAAGCCCGCCGCCGAGGAGCAGUGGCUCGGUUCCACCCGUUGCCUAGCGACCGGCCUGCCGUCCCUCCUCCCUGGCCGAGACCAGUGGGCGGAGCGGGAGCGGGAAAUGGAGCGGCGGGAGAAGGCCCGAGCGCAGCGGGAGUGGGACCGCGACAAGGUCCGGGAGUUUGGGAAGGGAGACGACAAGGAGGCGGGGCCCCGGAGGUCGCGCUCGAGAGAGAAGCGACGCAAGGAGCGCGCCAAGAGCAAGGAGAAGAAGACUGAGAAGAAAGAGAAAGCAGCUGAGGAACCUCCGGCGAAGCUUCUGGAUGACCUGUUUAGGAAAACUAAAGCGGCUCCUUGCAUUUACUGGCUGCCACUGACCGACCAGCAGUCCGUGGCGAGGGAAGCUGCCAGGGCCGAGCGCAUGAAGGAGCGGGAGAAACGGAUGAAGCAGCAGCAGGAGGAGAAGGAGAAGAAAAGGGAGGAAGAGCGCAAGGAGAGAAUUAAAGGCGGCGGCGGCGUGGCGGCGGGAGAACGGAGCGAGGGCGAGAAGGACAAAGAGAGAGAGCGGGACAGAGGUAAAGAGAGGGAGCGGGAGAACGACAAACGCAGGGAUGGCUGCCGCAGGCCGGGGGCGAGCGGGGAGAGCGCCGGCAGACGCUCUCGGAGUCGCAGCGACCCGCGGGAUAGGCGGCGCUAGCCCACGGAACUGUCUGCCUUCUUCCAUUUGCCUUUCACCCUUUUCUUUCCAGUCCCACCCCGCCAAGGACCAACACGUCUGGCCCGCACAGUGACGUGCGGUGAGGCCGUCUUCCCAUUCACGCUUGCGUCUCCUCGGUGUAGAAAACAUCUUCUUCUCUCCCAAAUGUGCAAAGUCAGCUAUUUUUACUGAAGAAAAUGUAAAAAAAAAACACACAAAAAAACGACAGGAAUCAUGCUGAAAAUGAGUUUAUAAGACAUGUCAUGGACAAAUUAGAAUAUUUAUUAUUUUCUAUCUUUUUAACCCCUGAUCGCACGUCACUGACCCCGCCUUCUCUCGCCGCGUUAACGAGGGACCACGCGUUUUGACGAAUACUCGUGUCGAUAAGUUUGAUUUCCAGUAUUUGCUCCUUGCUUCCGCAUUUAACAGGCCUGCGCUUUUGACCCGGGAGAAGAAGUGAAGAACCAAGGUCGCUAGCGCCAUUUGUACAGACAUCUUUAACCCUGAAUGAGGCAGCUUGGGAGUCUUCUGAUGCCCUCGCAGUGCAGUGUUUCCCUCCACCUUUUUGGAGGAGGUAAAAAAAAAAAAAAAAAAAUUCUAAAUGGGCGAGGCGAUGCUUUUUCUGUCACACCAGACACAAUUUUAUCUUUGAUGAUCGCUGCCUUUCACAGAGAGGAAAGUUGUUUUCUCAUUAAUGUUGUUUUUGUCCUCAUUUUACCUUUUUAGUACAAAUUCUUUUUUUUUUCUUCUUUUUUUAUUCUUCUUUGUUUACGCCUAUCAGUGGUGAAUGUACAAAUAAUAAAAAAAAAAAGAGAUGAAAAGUUUGAAAAUAA